GGGCGACAAAGAUCCGCAAAGACGAGGGGAUCCUGCCAAAGCGGCGCAAGGGCAGGCGAGUGCAACGCAGCGUCGGGGUUGUCUCUGGGAAGCAAGAUGGAGGAACAGGACUCGCCAAGACCCAAAACAGGGGAGCGAUUGGCAUCAGGUGGAAAAGACCUUCACAUCGUCCAAGUGGAGACCAUCGGGGAGUUUCUGACUGGGGUGUCUCCAUCACAGAUCAAGCAAGAACCUGAGGAGGGGUUGCAGCCGUUCUGGGGAGCCCAGAAGCAGGAGUUCUUGAGGUCCACGCCUCCAUGCUUCAAGUGGAGAAACGCUCGGGUCUCUCCACUCCCAUCAGGGGACAAUGCUACGAAUUAUCGGGUCCCCUUCAAGGGCCGUGCAGGCACCAGCAAGUGGUCCCCUGGAGCACAGGCUGUGGGUCAAAGCCUGCCCCUUCUCCAUGGCAAAGAGGCCCCUGAUAACUGUGGACGCCUGGAUCCAGCCACUGACGUGAAAGAAGAGAUCCCAGACGAGGAGGCCGUCACCACGGAGCUGCGAUGUCGGCGCUUCCGGCAGUUUGGCUACCAGGAGGCUGAGGGGCCACGGAAGACAUUCUGUCAGCUCUGGAAGCUCUGCCUUCAGUGGCUGAAGCCCGAGAAGCACACCAAAGAUCAGAUCCUGGAGCUGGUCAUCCUGGAGCAGUUCCUGAUGAUCCUGCCGCUGGAAAUGCAGUGCUGGGUCAGGGAACGGAGCCCGGAGAGCGGCAGCCGGGCAGUGGCCCUGGCAGAGGAUUUCCUCUGGAAGCCUCAAGAAGUUCAGUGUUCAGAGCAGAAGUCCCCAGAGGAUUUGGACGGUUCGACUGUGGGAUCCCCCAGUUCUGAACUGGAUCCCUCCGACAUUGUGAAGAUCGAGCUGCCCAUGGACAGCGAUGGAGGCAACAGCAGUGACCAACAGCAGUUUAUUGUCGGGGAAGCAGCUGAGUUGCAAGCAGGAGCUUACAGCAGCAUGCAGAAAAAGUCAGGCUUUGACCCACUCCCCAAGAACCAAAAGGUGCCACCAAAGGAAAAGCUCCACAAAUGCCAAUAUUGUGGGAAGCUCUCUGACUGCAGGGCCCACUUGAUCAUCCACGAAAGGACCCACACGGGAGAGAAGCCACACAAAUGUUCAGCUUGUGGCAAAAGCUUCACCCGGAAAGAAUCCCUCAUUAUCCAUGAGAGAUUCCACACUGGCGAGAAGCCGUACAAAUGCUCGGUUUGCGGCAAAACCUUCAGCGAUAAGAUCGGCCGCCUGAUCCAUGAGAGGACGCACACUGGAGAGAAGCCGUACAAGUGCUCGGAGUGCGGGAAGAGCUUUGGCACGCGCUGCAACCUCCUGAGGCACCGGAGGGUGCACACGGGGGAGACCCCGUACCGCUGCACCGACUGUGGGCAAAGCUUCCGGUACAGGCCGCAACUGGUGAUCCACGAGGGGACGCACAAGGGGGAGAAGCCGUACAAGUGCCCCGACUGUGGGGAGAGCUUCAGCCAGACCCGGCACCUGGUGAUCCACAAGUGGACCCACACCGGCGAGAGACCGCAUAAAUGCGCCGUCUGCGGCAAGAGCUUCAAUCAGAAAUCGGACCUGAUCACGCACACGAGGACCCACACGGGGGAGAAGCCGUACGUUUGCUCCGAGUGCGGGAAGAGCUUCAUUUCCAGCUGCCAGCUGCGGAAGCACGAGAGAAUCCACACGGGGGAGAAGCCGUACCAGUGCGCCGAGUGCGGCAAAUGUUUCACCUACAGCUCUCACCUGACCACGCACAAGCGGACGCACACGGGGGAGAAGCCGUACCGGUGCCCGGACUGCGGCAAGUGCUUCAUCUCCAGCUCCCACUUCACCGCGCACAAGCGGACGCACACGGGGGAGAAGCCGUUCCAGUGCUCGUACUGCGGGAACAGCUUCAUCCAGAGGUCGCAGCUCGCCAAGCACGAGAGGUCGCACACCGGGGAGAAGCCCUACGUGUGCUCCGAGUGCGGGCAAAGCUUCCGGUGGAGCCAAGGCCUCAAGAAGCACAUGCGGACCCACACGGGGGAGAAGCCGUACCGGUGCCCCGAGUGCGAGAAGACCUUCUCCAGCUCCUCGAACCUCUCGAGGCACCAGAAAAUCCACACGAGGGAGAAGCUGUAAAGGCGCUUCAAGGGAGAGGGGCGGCUGCAGUGAGAGGCCUUCCAUCCCAGAGCGACUCCCGUGUCUCCUCACCACAGCACGACCGGCAGGGGAGCGAGCGUGCGUGGCGGAGAAAAGGGGCAGCAGCUCUGGUCUGUGGGGCCCUGCCGGGUCGUGGGGCGCCAGUGGGUGCCCAGUCAGGGCCUACGCCUUGACACCAGCCCUGAUGGAGGCCACACCUGGAGGCACCAGGUUGGAGGAGGCUGCUGUCACUUGAGGCCUGACACUCCUGACUGUUGUGGUAACUCCCGGCUUACGAGUCAACGGAAAACCCAGGGCGAUUGCAGAACGUGGCUUCUGGAGACGUCCCCCGUUUGCUCCCGAUUGUGGGAAUGGAGCCACUUGAUGUCAGCACCUGCAACCACAUGCCUGCAAAGCUAGGAGGGGAAGGCCCACUCUGGCCUCCUUCACUGGUUGGAGGAAUAAGGGCCACUGGGAGGUUGUACCCCCUGCCUCCCAGGAAGAACAUGGGGGCAAGGGGGUGAGCAGCCUGGCCCCAUCCAUUGGCCAGGGCCGGAGCUGCUGAGGGGGGCCCUCUGGCAGAAAGGACCCUCUGCUCCAAGGACCGGUUUCCCUGAGGCUCUGCAGCGGACACCAGGCCCCCUCCAGCCCUGCUACGGCCUGGCGAAGCAGGGCCUUCAUGGCCUGCUGCUUUGCAGAGUUUUGCUAUGUACUGAGCUCGGAUCCAGCAUCUGCCUGCCUCAAGAGGAAGGGCUCUGCCUGCAGAAGAUGAUUCCCGAUAUUGGCCCCCCCACCCCAGCUCCCUUGACUGAGCGGGUUUCCUGACCCUCCAGUUCAGCAUUUGUGGGGGAUUCACGGGCUGCCACAGCAAGGCGAAGGCAAGCAAGUCCACUGCCAUCAGCACAGUUGCUCCAGUGUAAAUCCGGAUCCAGCCCAUGGCGUAUAAGUCUUCACACUAAGAGUUUUUCCAGAAUAAUGGCGGCUCAUGCAGACCUGGAGUCUGGAAAGGUUGGUCUGGAUCUAAAGGGACGCAAACCAGGAAUGGUGGCGUGUGGUGGGUGGACUUUUGCUCUCUUAUAUGUUACCAAGAAGCUUUAGAGUUUGCCAUUUGUAUAUGUCUAUUUUUAUGUCUGCAUUUGUUUUCAGGCAUUGUUGCCUGGCCAUAGUGGGAUGGAUUGGGCUCUGCUAUGGGGGUGUAUGUACAAAUUUAUUUAAAAUUCGGGUAUUAGCUUUACACAGGAACACUGGCUGUAGGUUUUGUCCUAUAUUUCAAUCCCUCAUUAAAUUCAAGGUGCCAUGUUGUUUAUUUGUCAGAA